GUGGCUCUGCCCGGACAAGCCAAAUGGAUUUAGUAGACCGAGGAGGACGUAUCCUCACCUGACGCAGCAACUUCAGAACCCAAAUACCCCAAAAGGAAUAUAACGAGCGUUUGAAUGGAUCUGGGUUGUUUCACAACGGCGCAGCGUCUUUCGUGCCACACCAUGAAUGCGGAUUUGUUUAAGCCCGCUUCCGACCGUGGAGCCCCGCAGCAGCAAGCUUCAGGUCCGGCGUCGAAAUCCGGCAGGAAUAAAUCGGAACAAGGCAAACCGGAGCUGGCGCAGGUGGUGACUGACUCCAGGACGGGACGGUCCUACAGUAAAGGGAAGCUUUUGGGAAAGGGUGGCUUUGCUCGAUGCUACGAGAUGACGGACCUGUCGACAAACAAAAUGUACGCGGUGAAGGUGAUUCCACAGAGCAGGGUGUCCAAGCCGCACCAGAGGGAAAAGAUCACCAAUGAGAUUGAGCUGCACAAAACUCUGUCGCACAAGCAUGUGGUCAAGUUCUCCCAUCAUUUUGAAGACCAGGACAACAUCUAUAUAUUCCUUGAGCUGUGUAGUCGCAAGUCCCUCGCACACAUUUGGAAGGCGAGACACACGCUAACAGAGCCCGAAGUGCGCUAUUACCUCCGACAGAUCAUAUCAGGCCUCAAGUACCUCCACAGCAGAGGCAUCCUGCACAGAGAUCUCAAACUAGGCAACUUCUUUGUGAAUGAAAACAUGGAGCUGCGACUGGGGGACUUCGGCCUCGCUGCCAAACUGGAGACAGUUGAGCAGAGGAAAAAAACCAUCUGCGGGACGCCCAACUACUUGGCCCCUGAGGUGCUCAACAGGCAGGGCCAUGGCACGGAGUCAGACGUUUGGUCCCUUGGUUGUGUUAUGUACACGCUGAUGUGCGGCAACCCCCCUUUUGAGACUCUUGACCUCAAAGAGACUUACAAGUGUAUAAAGGAAGUUCGGUACAAUCUGCCCUCUGCACUCUCGCCCACCGCUCAGAAACUCAUCUCGAGUAUCCUGCAGAAAACCCCAAGUGACAGACUCACCUUGGAUCAAAUACUCAACCACGAAUUCUUCACCAAAGGUUUCACUCCAGAUAAACUUCCCCCCAGCAGCUGUGUGACUGUCCCCGAGCUCCAUCCUCCCAGCCCUGCCAAGAAAUUCUUCAAAAUGGCUAAGAGCCUCUUCGGCAAGAAGAAGGCAAAAGUGGAGAAGACUCUGUGUGAGGAGAAAGAGGACAAGGACAUUUCCAAGCUGGUUUCUGGCAUCGUUAAGUGCUCUAUCAGCCGGCAGAUCAGCUACAAAACAGUGGGACCCAAUGAGGUACCCUCACCCACCGGUCAGCUGGUCAGCUCAGUGCCUCUGGAGCAGACCCCCGCUGAGGAGGAAUCCAGGAAGUCGAUCUCACGCUCCUUCAAGGGAACAAUGGCUAGCAGCUCUGAACCGUGUGAAGAUGUCCUCACUCCUGCUGCUGUGUCUGAAUGUGCCAUGAAAGUCCUUAAUGGCUGCUUGGCUACCAUGCCUGCAGCUGCCAAAAAUCCACCAUGCCUGCCCAGGCCACAGUCCUUCCUGUGGGUGACUAAAUGGGUGGACUAUUCCAACAAAUAUGGUUUUGGCUACCAGCUGUCAGACCAAAGCAUCGGUGUGCUCUUCAACGAGGGAACACACCUCAGCCUCUGUGACCAACGCAAGACUGUCCACUACUGCUUGACCAACAACAAGCACUUUAGUUUCCCUGCCAGCUCUCUACCAGAGCAGCUUCGCAGUCAGAAACAAAUAGUAGAGCUCAUGGCCAACUACAUGGAACAAAAUCUCAUGGAGGGUGGAGAUCUGCACUGUCGGGAUGAAGUUCCAGGUCCUCCGCCUCUGCUGCUGCAAUGGGUGAAGACUGACCACGCGCUUGUCAUGCUCUUCAACAAUGGCACUCUGCAGGUGAACUUCUACACAGACCACACAAAGAUCAUCCUGUGCAAGUCUUCGGACUCCUACCUGCUCACCUACAUUAGCCGCGAGCGCGUCUCCUACACGUACCUCCUCAGCAUGCUGAGCGAGACGGGCUGCACGGCGGAGCUGCGACACCGCCUCAGAUACGUGGUCCAUCUCUUGCAACACCACGCUGAUGCCUAAGUGUCAUGUCGCCAGGUGCACCCCCAUUACACCCCACACUCCUCCCCUUCUUCCAAGCUGCCUGAGUGUCCCCCACGCCUUAGAGGCUCAUUGAAUGGUUAACUGAUGUCCUAGAGGCUCAAUGACUGGCUUGACCGUCGUUUUUUUGUUUGAUUGGUUGACUGUUUGCAGUGCCAAAACGGGCCCUCUUCAGUUUCACUUUCCGGAGCAAUAUUCCCGUCUGGACUGGUGCUGAGGCUGCUGAUGAUCCCGUUGAUUUGAUCAAGCGGGCAGGAAGUUGCCAGAUGAUGCAUUUAGCCUCAAGGCUUUGUGCCUGUCCAGCGUUUGCCUCAAAGGUUCUCUUGAAGGACGUGAUGAUGGAUCCCCUCACAUGUAGAUGCCUAAAAAAAAAGACACCCCACAUGCCACCACCCACUUUCUCACAACCACUGCUUCUUGGUUUUAUGGUGCCAAUCAAGCCUGCUGCUUUCAGCUUCUCCUCGUAGAUUCUAUUAGUGCCAGGUGUGGUGUCUCUAUUGUAACAACAACACUUUAAAUUGCAACUGACAUUUAAUCUAGCAGCUUUCCGUUGUGGCUGCAAAGUCACCAGUCCCGUUGAACAGGCUGGGUGACUUUACAGCACAAAUCUUUUGGGAAGGUUUGACUGAACAGAUGGACUCCUCGACCCUCCUGACCUCUGGACACAGGUGCACCCAUUCAUUGUUUUCCGUUUUGGUUUUUUAACCAAAAGAUAUGAGCCAGCAAUAGGAUCGCACUAUGAUCUUUACCUCACAUGCACAGUUGACAUUCCUGGCCAUAUUUUGAUGUUGAGGAUCAGUGAUGGCAAUUGCUUCUUCUGCCUCAUUAUCACCUUUUUUGUUUGGUGCGUUCACUAGUACACGGAGUACUUAAGGGCCUAUGGGAGCGACACAAUAAUGCACGUUAUUUUUUAUUUUUUUCCCCUCUAGUUUUGUAAAUGAAAGCAACCAGUCUUAAUUUUUUUUUUUUUUUUUAACCAUCACCUUUUUAUUUGUUUUUAACAAAAUACCAAAUGCAUUUUUUUUCCCCCUUGUCUGCUUUUAAAGUUUUUAAAUCACACGUAAGGUGAAUUUGUGCUCAUGUGCCACGAAACAAUACAGUUGGUCUGGAAACAAGAGGAGGGAGAGGGUGAAAAGUGCCUUUUUGGAGGGAUGUCUGUAUAGUGCAAUAACAACCCCUUUUUUUUUUUUUUUUUGUGAAUGUUCAGCUGAUGAUGGGUUUUUAACAGUUGGAUGUACUUUUGCACUUGACGCAAAGUUCAAAAGCAUUUCCAACAGCACUACACUGUCACUACCUGCUAUAAGCUUUUAAAAUCAACUAUCAAUGAAGUAAUAUCUACCGUGGAAAAAGAAAACAUUGUACUCGAUGUACUGUAAUCCUUUAGCGGUUUACAUUGCUUUUCUCGACCCAGAGUUGUAUCCUCAAAACUGUGACCUGGAAUGCAAGUGUCGUGUGCAAGUGUCGUGUUUUCAAAAACAUUGUGAAAGCCAUCUGCCAAAUUAGGAAAAAGUCUUUAUUUUCUUGGCACAUAAUGUCCUGUUAAUUUAUUUUUUAUUUAUUCAUGAUUUGUUUUGGGUUUUUUUUUAAUUUAUUGUGUAAAUGUUUGGUCUUGACACAAAGAAAUGUUCAAUUCCGCUCACACUUUUUGUAUGUAUUGUAUGGGGGGGGAAAUGGGACAAAAAUAAAGUUUAUU